AUGAGUUCAGAAGAACCUAUUAAUAAAGAAGCGGCUGAAGCUAUCAUCAGCUUUUUGAAAGCGAAUGUAUCCAAAUCAGCAAUUCCCAAUAUUGAAAAUGAACUCAAGACAGAGUUUGUACUUGCUAAAAAGCGAAGCAAAGUUCAAAAAAGAAGGAAAACCAAGAAGAAAGUGAAAAGCUUAAAUAGAAAAGAGAAGAAAUCUUUAGGUUUCUAUACAAUUUCUAGAGAUAGUGUUAAGUAUAAUGACAUUUUACCAAUGAACCAAGUAUGGCAGAAAUACAUAAGUGAAGUGUUAGAUUUAGAUAAACCAAUUCCAGACUGCACCAGUAAAGCAUGGGAAAACUUCACAACGAGUCUCUACAAAGCUGAUUUUCAUGGAAGUGAACUGUCAGUAAUAAGGUCGAAAUGCCCUAGUUAUGUUGGGAAAAGUGGUAUUUGUAUAAUGGACACUAAAAACACAUUUAAAUUGGUAUCCCGCGAUAAUGUAGUUACAACUAUACCCAAAAGAGAAAGUGUAUUUGAGAUGUACUUAAAUAAGCUUAAAAUAACAGUAUUUGGUAAACACUUGUGUGUAAGACCAGCUGAAAGAUCUACUAAAAAAAUCAAGGGCCGUCUUCUUCCUGAUUUAUAA